GGAGAGUAACUUUCUGCAUGUGGUAUAGUAUCUGUGUUUCUGUUGAUGGUUAAUGCUAUGGUAGGGUAGCUACAUUUAAAUCAUGUAUGCCGUAAACUUUUGGUGGCCGUAAGCUUUUGCUGGAUUUUACCUGUUGAAUGUAAUCAUGAAUUUGUUAUGGAUCUUCCUCGUGUCUGUGGAACAAGUGAAAAUAAGAUGUUACGUUGAGUUCUCUCUGGACAUGUACUUUUCACAUUUUGCUGCAGAAUAUUACGUUCUUUCCCUUCACAAGUGAUCAGUGGUUAAGGUGAAACUCUAACUCCCUCGCUGCCUUGUAUAUGGAAAAUAUCUUUCGCAAGGGUGAAAUGUGAUCGAUAGCUGAUGUCUUAGUGCAUGUUAAUACUGAAAAUUUCAUUAUUUCCCUCCACAAAUGAAAGAUUUCAGUCGUGGAAGUGAUAAACUCUAGUUUGUUGCCUUGUGUAUUGCAAUUACCUCUUGCAAGUGUGGAAUGUGAUGGAUGACUGAUGUCCAUAGUGUUUGUUAAUACUAAGGAAAAAGGAUUGCCCUUUUCCAAAUCGUGAGAGGAAAAACUCAAAUGCACAAAUUUUCAUCUCCUGGCCCUUUUUUGUUCAGGUCAAUAACUUGCGGCCUUUGAUUUAUGAUGUUUUCGGUCCUCCUGGGUGUUUGUAUCGUACCUGCUUUUGGGCAAGCUAAAUAAAUUAACCCCUGCUUCCAAGUGUUUUCUCUAGUAGUUGCCACUUCGUUUACCAAGAAUAUAAGCACAAACUAUGUAGUAAACUUUAUAGUCUCAUAACAUGAACCAUAAAAAUAACAAUCGCAUAUGAUUUUGUACAUAAUUUUUUCUUGUCUCACUUAUUUUUAUUAUUUUUGUAUAUACGUAUCUCAAAGGUACAUUUUAUUUACAAAGAAGAUGCCUUUCAUAUUUGAUGGUUCAAAAAAUUAUGUUCCGAAACUUUAAUUUUCUGUUGUAGUAAUAAUGGUUUUAAUUAUAUUUUUAUUAUUGAAUAGAUAGAUAUUAAAUAAUGAAAAAUAUUGACUAGUAUAAACGAAUUUUACAAAAUCACUAACGAAACACCGUGAUUUCCAUCAAAUACCCACUAUGUUUUUCAUUUUCUUAGCUGGAGUAUUAUCAAUUAAAAUGAAGCAAUAUACGUUUUGCCAUUGUUUUGUGUAAAAAAAGAUUGUGCUAACAAGCAAAGCUCUUAAAUCAUGUUUAAAAAAUGUCAAGUCUAAUCGAAAUAUAAUGUUAAAUUAUGCAGUUGUACAGUGUUCAAUGAGUCUUGUGGCAGAGAAUUAAAUCAUGGAGCAGUGGUGGGCUAUGGUAUCACGCAUGAUGGAACAACUAUUGGAUUACGAAGAACUUAUGGAGAAACUAAAUGGGGAGAGUGGAUAUAAAAGGAUGAAGCGUGGGGUGGAAGCUGAGGAAGUAUUAUGCGGGACUGCUAUGGAGGCUUCUAAUCAAAUCAAGUCGUCACCAAGUAAAAUCUGAGGUACACGAAGAUGGGGUUUGCUGGUAAUGUUGAGCCAUGUUUUAUUGUCCCGACAGUGGUUGCAGUGAAUGAGACGUUUCUAAAUCAAUCGAGGCCCUCUUCUAAGGCCAAUUGGGUAACCCAGCACAACGCCGGGGUUAUGGCGGAUCUUGAUUUCUUGAUUGGGGAUGAGGCGCUUUCCAAGUCACGAUCAAGCAGCACUUACAAUCUCAGCUACCCGAUUCGGCAUAGCCAGGUGGAGAAUUGGGAUGCCAUGGAGCGCUUCUGGCAGCAGUGCAUAUUCAACUAUUUGAGGUGUGAUCCGGAGGAUCACUAUUUUCUCUUGACCGAGAGUCCAUUGACGGCACCUGAGAGUCGCGAGUAUACUGGAGAAAUCAUGUUUGAGACUUUUAAUGUACCUGGACUUUACAUUGCUGUGAAUUCUGUGCUUGCUCUUGCAGCUGGCUACACAACAUCCAAGUGUGAGAUGACAGGAGUUGUAGUGGAUGUUGGAGAUGGGGCUACUCAUGUUGUACCCGUUGCAGAUGGUUAUGUAAUUGGUAGUAGCAUCAAAUCAAUUCCCAUUGCCGGAAAGGACGUUACCCUUUUUGUGCAGCAGCUUAUGAGGGAAAGAGGAGAGAAUGUACCACCAGAAGACUCUUUUGAAGUGGCUCGGAAAGUGAAGGAAAUGUAUUGCUACACCUGCUCCGACAUUGUGAAGGAAUUUAAUAAGCAUGACAAGGAACCAGCCAAGUAUAUCAAGCAAUGGAGAGGCAUUAAACCAAAGACGGGGGCACCAUAUUCCUGUGAUAUUGGCUAUGAACGAUUUCUUGGCCCUGAGAUCUUCUUUAAUCCUGAGAUAUAUGGCAGCGACUUUACCACCCCUUUGCCAGUAGUAAUAGACAAGUGCAUUCAGUCUGCUCCAAUCGACACAAGAAGAUCAUUAUAUAAGAAUAUUGUGUUGUCUGGUGGAUCAACCAUGUUCAAGGAUUUUCACAGGAGGUUGCAACGUGAUCUAAAGAAAAUAGUAGACGCUCGAGUCCUUGCAUCGGAAGCUCGUUUAAAUGGGGAGAUAAAAUCACAGCCAGUGGAGGUAAAUGUACUCAGUCAUCCUAUCCAGAGAUUUGCAGUUUGGUUUGGAGGUUCAGUGCUUGCAUCAACACCUGAGUUUUUUAGGGCUUGUCAUACAAAGGCAGAAUAUGAGGAGUAUGGAGCAAGCAUUUGCCGGACAAAUCCUGUUUUCAAGGGGAUGUAUUAAAGCAACGACAAAUUAGUUGUGAUCAUGGAUGCAGUUAGUUAAUGAAAAAGCCAAAUCAGUGUCUAGUCAUUUUGAUCCUCAAUUCACCUCCUCGUCUUUCUUCCCACCUGUAUCCAGGGUGACAGAAAUGAGUGUAAAAUAUGUACAUUCAGUGUAAAAAAAAUUGCAUUUCCAGUUUCUAUUCCUGAGGUUCACCCUAGGCUGUCAGUUUCACAUGUUUAUUGUGGUUGCCAGCUUGUUCAGACGAUACUUAAUGGUUAGGUUGAAACCCAUCUUUGACAAAAAGUUGGCUGAGCUGAAUUGCAAAUCUUGGAGCUUAGAGUUUGAUAAGGUUCUGCAUAUUUUUCAUUUACUAUUCAGUAUCUUUCCAUUAAGUACUUUUACAGUUAGGAAGAUAAAUUCAUUGGGAUUGAAUUGUAAUACAUAAUAAGCACUAGUGCAGGGGUUAGAUAAUAGAUUGCGAUUAUGUGAAUCACUUAUUUUAGGUACAUGAUGUACAAUGUGGAUUCUGCUUAAUGAUAAUCAAAGCCUGAAACAAUUCUUUUGUC